AUGCGUGUAGUCCUGGCUACUGUCUUAUGUCUGUCCUUUGUGGCGCUCACUUUGGGUGCUACUGCAGAACAAUGGAGAGGGAGAUCUAUAUACCAAAUCAUCACAGACCGAUAUGCAUUGCCCGCCGGCACGAACAAGACUCAAUGCAACCCGGGGGACCAGACAUGGUGCGGCGGUAACUGGAACGCAAUUCGUGAACAUCUGGAUUACAUCCAGAACGCGGGCUUCACAGCCAUUUGGAUUAGUCCCGUCUCCCAGAAUUACGAUGGCCCACGCUCUCCAUAUGGAGAUGCGUAUCAUGGCUAUUGGAUUGCCGAUGCGACAAAGCUCAAUGAUCGCUUUGGGACUGCCGAUGACUUGAAGGCACUCUCUGAUGAAUUGCAUAAAAGAGGGAUGUAUCUGAUGGUUGACGUCGUGGUCAAUAACGUCAUGUCGACAUCUAUCACUCCAGACUUGUCGACAUUUAUGUUUAAGCAGAAGUCGCAAUAUCAUCCGUACUGUCCAAUUCAAUGGGGCAAUGCGACUAGUGAACAGAAUUGUUGGCUGGGUGAUUUGAAGGUCCCCCUGCCUGACGUGAACACACAAGAUCCCGGAGUUGUAUCUGCAUAUUGUUCCUGGAUUCAAAGCCUGGUUAGCGAGUUCGAUAUUGAUGGGUUGCGCAUAGACGCCGCGAAGCACGUAAACAUGGAUUUUUGGCCCACCUUUUGCAAGGCGGCUGGUGUUUUCUGCAUCGGUGAAGUGUUUGAUAAUGAUAUGAGUCAGGCAGCACAAUAUCAAGGACCCGAUGCGCUCGAUUCCAUUCUCAAUUAUCCUAUGUAUGGAGCGCUGGUGAACGCUUUCGCCAUCCCAGGUCAGCGCAACGCCAGCGCAGUCACCGAUGCCAUUACUCAGUCGAAAGCCUUGUUCAAGUUCCGCAAUUUUUUGGUCAACGGCACUACUGGCUGGCUCAAAUCCCAGGCAGAGGUUUUAACAACAGGUCCAUACGGUUUAGCCAUCAUGAAGGGUCAAGUUGUGACCAUCCUCACCAAUAUCGGCUCGCCUCCUCAAAACGCUAGCGUAGCGGCCUACACAACAUUCCAUGAUGAAACUGCUGUCACGGAUAUCCUCUCUUGCGCUGAAUACGCCGUCGGCAGCAAUGGCACGCUGGAAAUUUCGUAUAUCGAGGGUGGGGCGCCCGCGGUGCUCAUCCCAAACAAUUUGCUGCGCGAUUCUAAUCUCUGCGGAUUUACCACGAGUUUUGAUGAUGGAGAAGGCGCAGCGCAGGCCGCGUCGAGCGCGCGAGUGGAUGCGGGGCAACUUUCGUGGAGAUCGUGGGUUUCUCAAGCGACACUGCUGAUUCUUGUUGGCGUGUGUACCUUCUUAACAUUAUAG